UCGCUUCCCUCCGUCAGUUCGGAGGCAGGAUGACAGCUGAGUGGAUCGCAGAGGAACAGCAGCGCCGUCUGAAACGCUUAUCACAAUAACUGCCAAGUUCCGCUUUAAGAAGCAGCCCCGACACAUUUUGUUCUGUGUGACGCUUCCUGGUACCAACCGACGGACGGGUCUGACCCCCCCAGAGGACGCGAGCCGUUCACCUUGCGGAUAUAUCGUCGGUUCUUGUUUCAGGUCCGUGUCCGGAUGUGGCAGCGGUGCUGGGUUUUCAUGGCGUAGGCUCCUCUGCUGAAGCAGGACACUGUCGAUGUUCGGAGGGUCGGAGGAGACCCUCGGGUCCGCAGCUGAGCCCAGGAACAACAACUACUGUUAAACCCACCGGUUCGGUGCGGAACAUGAUCGACUACACGGUUGUGCAAUAGAACCGAAGGAGCUGCCGCAACCCGUCCCGACUACCUCCGAGCCCGUCACCGCGGAUAAACUGGGCUUUUGUUUCCUAUUUGAAAACUUUUCCAGCGACAAAGGGAAUAUUUAACUCCUGGCCUUGUGUGUGUGAGUGUGUGCGUGUGCGCGCGCGCGUGUAUGUGUGAGAGCGCGUGAAGCCCUGCGCGGACCGGGACCAGCUUCACCAUGACGGGCAGCACCCCAGCGGACAUGAUAAACCUGCGCCUCAUCUUAGUCAGCGGGAAGACGAAAGAGUUCCUCUUCUCUCCCAACGACUCGGCCGCGGACAUCGCCAAACACGUGUACGACAACUGGCCCAUGGACUGGGAGGAGGAGCAGGUCAGCAGUCCCAACAUACUGAGGCUCAUCUACCAGGGACGUUUUCUACAUGGAAACGUAACACUAGGAGCUCUCAAACUGCCCUUAGGGAAGACCACAGUGAUGCAUUUAGUUGCCAGAGAGACUUUGCCUGAGCCAAAUUCCCAAGGUUGGAGGAACAGGGAGAAGACCGGGGAGAGUAACUGCUGUGUCAUCCUGUAAACACUCACCUCCGCCGCAGGCUCUGCUUCCUUUACAUCGGUCCUCGCCCUCAACAUCCCGGUCCUACAAACUCGUCCCCUGUCCUGGAGCCUGUCCACCAUGCGAAUCCGCAUACAGACAAACCCACAUACACACAACGAUAGAAUGACAGCGGGUUCCUUGAAAAUGUAUUACUAAUAGAGAUGAUUCCGUGGUGGUAUUUGAUUUGUGUUCAUCACUGAUAAUUAGGGGAAGGAGCUGGAAUUGCAUGUGUGUUUUUGUUUUCUUUCUUUCCUAAUGUGCACCUUGUAUAAGCCUUCUGCCUCACACACACACGCACACACACACACACACACACACACACACACACACACAUGCUCAUCCUCAGCGAGUCUGCGCUUCGAACUAGCUCCCCAUUGUAGCUGGUUGUCAUGGCAACACAGAUCCCAGGUUUGUUAUGUGUGUGGCCUUGUUUUCUCGCUGAGAAUUAACCACUAACGACUAACCAACAUACCUGUACAAGCGCGCGCGGCCACGUGCGACGCCCUGUCUACACGAUGUCCCUCUUUAGACGUGCCUGACCGGAGAAGUCAACCCAGGACACGGUCACACACACACACACACACACACACACACACACACACACACACACACACACACACACACACACACACACACACACACACACCUGUGUCCUUCAUACUGCCCUGCUCUGCAUGUGACUCUAAAGGUCACGCCAGCGAGUCUUUCGCAGAGCGCUGCAGAGGCCCAGCACACCCUGCUCACAUUAGACAGACACACACACAAACAGGCAGCAGUCCCGUCGUCAUCGCCUGUUCCACGGCGACGUCUGCGGCUGUGUUGUGACAGUCCAUGCAUAUUACUCAUGUGACUGAGCUGUGGCGCCGGCUCCCUGCCCUCCUCUGUGUCCGCGCUCCGAGGAGACGCUCGUGCUCCGUUUUUAACAGUGUUGUGAAGGAUCUCUCUCUGCAGCAGUUGCUUUCUAAGCAGGGAAACUAACUUGGAAUAAAUAAGUAUCCCGUUUGUCUUAAUUGGCUUUUUACUCUCUCCUUAAUUAUCUCGCUCGAGUCCGUUUUGCACAACUGAUGCAUGUGUUCCUUGAUCAGAUUAAUGAAAAUGUAUAAAAGGUUUGUUUUAUUUUAUAUUUUUCCAAUGGAAGUAAUGUUCCAAACUACGGUAACGUGUAGAAUAUAUUUAAUAUGACUCUUCUAUAGAACACGAUGGCUCUAGACCUUGUUGAUAUACGGUAUAUUGGUGUUUAGUCUAUGAUUGUGUCUACGGUUAGCUUCUAGCCAGUUCACAGUCACUCGCUGACAACGUCUUGUGCUUAACAGCAGAAACCAACCUAAUCAUUGACAGACUGUAGUUUCAUUUUUUUCUGUGCUUUGUUAUAAUUUUUCAUGUUUAUAAUUUAAUGUAAUCCUUCUUUUUCCUUUAUAAAAAGAAUGCUUUGUAACAGCGCUAGGUCUUAAAAAAAUGUUUAUAUUGAUCAGGGUUCCAAUCUGUACAGAGACAAACAUUUUCAAACCGAUUGUAAAUAGCACUAAUGCUCCCUCGCCCCCUCCAAACUUCAAAAUGGAAUACAUCUGUAAACUAAAUAAAGGUUAUUGAAGUG